AUGUCCUUGAAGAGGAUUCCAUCCCAGUUUUUGAAGCAUCUCAGAAAGGACCUAUCAAGCAAAGCAACUUUGAGCUUGAAUAUGCGUUCAAAAUGGUCAUGGAAUGUGAAAGUUGCUAAAACAAAGAAAGAUGUGUAUUUCAAGGAUGGGUGGCAGGAUUUUCUGAACGAUAACUCAGUGGAUGAAGGUGACUUCCUAGUGUUCACCUAUGAGGGAAACAUGCAUUUCAGCAUAGCAUGGUUCGACAGCAGUUGUUGUGAGAGGGACAAGUUUCCUAAUGGAACAUCCGAAAAAUCCACAAUUGCUAAGAGGCCUUAUGGCAGACAACGCAAAUAUAACUCAGCUGCAGAUAGCAGAGCUAAGAAAUCUGUUAUAUCUUUUACAUCCGAGUUUCCAUUUUACAUAAAAGCUAUUAACAAGACUUACUGUGUGUACUCAAUUCCUACAGCCUUCUAUAGAGAGCAUCUUUCUGCAGGCAACUAUACAUUUGCUUUCGUCAAGAUCUCAGGGGGAAACAAAUGGUAUAAAGUGAAGCUUGUCCCUUCUUAUCAAACAGCCUUCAUGUCUGAAGGGUGGGCUGUAUUCGCGCGUGAUAACCACAUCAUGGUUGGAGAUGUUUGUGCUUUCGAGCUUCUGAAAGAGAACAAACUGGUGGUUCGCGUUCUUCAGAAAUGA